AUGAAAUUUUUAGAUUGGCGCAAACCGUACAUGAAUCUAAAAGAGCCGUAUCUGUUAGAGGAGAAUUUACCGUCGAAGGAUCCCUUCGAAGUAUUCGAUUGUUGGUUCAAAGAUGUUGCAUCAAGGAAAGAUAUCUCUUUCGAAGAAGUGAAUGCUGUUAGUGUAUCAACUGCAUGUGAUAAUCGCCCUUCAUCACGUAUGGUUCUGUUGAAAGAGUAUGAUAGGCAAGGCUUUUCCUUCUAUACAAAUUUGGAGAGUAGAAAGGCACGAGAGAUUCAAGCAAAUCCCCAAGCUUGUAUGCUAUUCUAUUGGCCACGGGUCGAUCGACAGAUUCGAAUUGAAGGCAAAAUGGAAUUGUUACCGUCUCAGAUGGCUGAGGAUUAUUGGAAUAGUCGACCAGCGAAGAGUCGUAUAGGAUCGAAGUUGAGUUCUCAAAGUAGUGUUAUACCAAAUAGACAGUAUCUUGUGGACAAAAGAAAUGAACUGCAGCGAUUAGCCGAGGAGAAGGGCGAUAGUGCAAUUACAAGACCAGACUGCUGGGGUGGAUAUCGCCUAUGUCCAGUUUAUUUCGAAUUUUGGCAAGGCCAGUCAGAUCGAAUUCAUGACAGAAUUGUCUUCGAAAAGAGCGAUAAGGAAUGGACUAUGAAACGUCUUGCGCCGUAG